UUGGUGAGUAAAGAAGAGCUUCCACCUGAGCAGCAGGAGUGGAGCCACAUUCUGGACCAGGAGGACACUAAGCCCCAACACAUUAAAGAAGAACAUGAGGAACUGUGGAUCAGUCAGGAGGAAGAACAGCUUCAAGGACUGGAGGAGGCUGAUACCACCAAGUUCCCCUUCGCUCCUGUUUCUGUGAAGAGUGAAGAUGAUGAAGAGAAACCUCAGUCCUCACAGCUUCAUCAGAGACAAACUGAACAGAUGGAAACAGGAGUUGAUGGAGAGGACUGUGGAGGAGCAGAACCAGAGAGAGACUCAGAUCCAGAGAGACGUUCACAACCAGAGACUGAGGUCGAGACUGAAGACUCUUAUGAACCUGAGACUGAUGACAGUGAUGAUUGGCAAGAGACAAGAGAAGAUCUGUCAGAAUUAAACUUGAAAAAUAAGAAACUAAAGACUGGUAAGAGACAACACAGCUGCUCAGAGUGUGGUAAAAGAUUUAACCGAAAAGGGACUCUGACCAGACACAUGUUGGUUCAUACAGGAGAGAAACCCUUUAGCUGCUCUGUUUGCAGUAAAAGCUUUACCCAAAGAGGAAAUCUAACCAAACACAUGAUGAUUCAUACAGCAGAGAAUCCCUUCAGCUGCUCCGUUUGCAGUAAAAGUUUUAACAAUAGAGUACAUCUGACAACACACAUGUUUGUUCAUACAGGAGAGAAACCCUUCAGCUGCUCUGUUUGCAGUAAAAGCUUUACCCAAAGAGGAAGUCUGACCACACACACGUUAGUUCAUACGGGAGAGAAACCCUUCAGCUGCUCUGUUUGCAGUAAAAGCUUUACCCGAAGAGAACAUCUGACCACACACAUGUUAGUUCAUACAGGAGAGAAAGCUUUCAGCUGCUCUGUUUGCAGUAAAAGUUUUAAACAUAGACAAAGUCUGACGUAUCACAUGUUAAUUCAUACAGGAGAGAAACCCUUGAGUUGCUUUGAGUGUGAUAAAAGGUUUAGUUCUAAGGGACAUCUGACCAGACACAUGAUGAUUCACACAGGAGAGAAAUGCUAAUCCUGUUGCAAUGGUAAAACUGAUCCAAAGGAUUCUAAGUUAACAACAUCACUAAUGUGUAUUCAUAAGUAUGUAUUGACUAACAGAUGUAUAACUGUUGUUAUAAAGGGAUAUAAGACAAUUCUACUCACUAGAAUCUGUCUCUACUUUUUUGACAUUGAUGUUUUGUUGCUGACAUAUGAACCAGUAAGUUGGGAUCAGCUAUGACGUUUGAAUUGUAAGUGUUUAUAUGAAACAGCUACAGUGUAAGGAUUCUUCUCUCCUCAUAUCUUCUCUUCUUUCUGUCACUGUUUCCUUGGAGGCAUCUGUGUUGGGUAGCACAAGUUCUUCAGACAGCUCACGUGUAACUUUGUAAUAAAUAAACUGAUGUAGAGUGAGAAAGA